CAGGUUACUCUCGCGACAGACUUGGCCAAUCAGGAUGGGAUCAUGGGUAUAAAGUCUGGUCCUGGCACCAACUCGGCAGUCGCUACCUUCCGCAGCUCCAGUGUCUGGCCAUGGCUCGCACGAAGCAGACGGCGCGCAAGUCGACCGGCGGCAAGGCCCCGCGCAAGCAGCUGGCCACCAAGGCGGCCCGCAAGAGCGCGCCGGCCACGGGCGGCGUGAAGAAGCCGCACCGCUACCGGCCCGGCACGGUGGCCCUGCGCGAGAUCCGGCGCUACCAGAAAUCCACCGAGCUGCUGAUCCGCAAGCUGCCGUUCCAGCGGCUGGUGCGCGAGAUCGCGCAGGACUUCAAGACCGACCUGCGCUUCCAGAGCUCGGCCGUCAUGGCGCUGCAGGAGGCGUGCGAGGCCUACCUGGUGGGGCUCUUCGAGGACACCAACCUCUGCGCCAUCCACGCCAAGCGCGUCACCAUCAUGCCCAAGGACAUCCAGCUGGCGCGCCGCAUCCGCGGCGAGAGGGCCUAAUCUGUCCUUCCGAAGUUUGUGCGAGCGAGCGCGUUUGCUUUCUCCCUCCCAAAGGCUCUUUUCAGAGCCACUUCCUAUUUUCACUGAGAGUGGCUGUUUUACUGGGUUGGGUGUCAGACUUCAGUCUGAACUUCGGGGGAGAGAUAAGGGAAGAGGAACAGGGAUGCCUUAACGUCCUGGCAAUUACGGCAUCUCCUUGCCUUUUUGCAAAAUCAGUGGCUGUUGGGAAGCCCUCAUCUGUGCUUACCAGCUACUUAAGGAAGCUGUUGCUUAACAGGCAGUAAAUGUUUAAAGGCUUCAGUGUCCCACAGAGACUCCCUUCUCGGUCCCUUAAGUAAUCCAGAUGUACAGAAACAAGAUGCAAGCACUCAACAGGAAAAGACCUUUGACCACCAAGGAAGGGUCAGAGCAUAGAUUGUGGUGUGUCCACCCCCGCCUCUGGUGUAAGCAAUUUGGGAGCAGCGUUGUGCAAUCGUGUUCCCCUUGUAUCCACAGGCUGAGGAAGAACCCGUCAUGCGUUGUUCUGCAAAGUUGGCUGGCUGGAGCAGUCCCGGUUCCUAGGAGGUGGUCUGUUCCUCCAGGUUCAAGUCCGACAAUGCUGGUGUUUUACAGAGGAUCUAGCAGGAUUUUCUCAUUGGCACUCACUGUCUUCUACAACUCCAGAAGAGAACAGAGCUGGAAUUGGGCUGCAGGCCUGGCUCCGUUUACCAAGAAAAUGAGCUGUGUUCCGACCGCUUUUCUCACGACAAUUGACUUUUUUGGUGUUUAGCACAGACAUCUAGUAACUCCAGGAUAAAGCUCUGAAAUGUUUAUUCUCUUUCACACCCAUUCUAAGAUAAGAUACUAUAAACUCAGGAAAUUGGUCCCCUGGUUCUUGUUCGACACUGGUUUCCAGUUGCUCAGGCCUGAUGACAAUCCCCUGACAUGAUGGUGACUUCCCUGGGGGAGAAGCCAAAGUGAGACUAUUUGGGGUGGUCAUAGCCCCUAGUCCACUUGACCUUUACCCCUUACAGGACGCUACAGAAGUGUUCCCCUCAAAUCUCGUGUGAACCUAAGUUCUAAAAGUCAAAUUUAGCCCCACUCUCUUCCCUUAGAGCACA